UAUGCAAAGUCAACUCCUAUAAUCAGCUACCAAAGAGUAUCCUGAUUCCUGCUGAUGACUCUCUGUUAACUUUGAAUUAUGGUUGCCUCAAUGGUGAAAUCCACCGCGGAUUGCUACUGGUUCAUUAUCUGCGCAUGAGCAGCGCGUGCCAAAAGCACAAUGCAAAUGCAUGCCAAAUGCACACUUUGUGCGGAAAAAGGAGGUUUAACAAGCUGGAAACAUAACCAUUAACGGAUGCUACCCACGGAUUGUAUGCAAAAUUCUGAUGUUUAGAAGAAGCCUGAGUGGAGGAAUAUAAGAUUACAUUUGACAGCGAUAAGAAAAAGGGCAGUAAAUUUCAGCCCUUCAAAAAGUUGUUUGGAAGGAGAAAAAAACGGGAGACCACGCCAGAUCGUGAAACCACCAAGUUGAAGGCAAACAGUUCCUUCGGAAAUAUCUGUAACAGCGCGCUGUCUUCUGAUGAAGAGACCAACAAUGGCUUGAGGUCUCCCAGUUAUAGCAUGGGAACACGGGCCUUUUCCCAUGAGAGUAUUUUUAUGCCUGAUGGGCGAGCAGAGAGCGAAGAGUCGAUUCAAGCAAUGUCACAAGAUAAUCUCGUUGGCAAAGUCAAAACUCUUCAGCAACAGUUGGCCAAGAAUAUUAAAUUUGGCCAACCCUCACAAAUGACAGUAUCUGUAAAAACACCCGGGGAAGCUAGUGGAAGUUUGGAAGCAGAUGUGUUGCUGAAUAAGCCCAUGGAGACUGUGAUGCCACCAGAUGUGGUCCUUCCAGAGAACCACCAAAAAUCAGCUGUGAUGCCAGAUUCCUUAAGUCCCGCAAGUCUGGGUGAAACAAGUCAUGACAGAGAUGAGAAGGUGACGCCUGUCAAAGUGUCAUCUCGUCCAAAAAGACACCAUUCCCCUUCUGGAACCAUCGAAACUGUCAACCUUGAUGCCAUCCCGUUAGCCACUUCUUGUCUGGACAACAGUGCAGCAAAGCACAAGCUCUCAGUCAGGCCAAAGAAUCAGAGGCUUUCCAAAAAGCACAGAUUGUCAAAGGAGGUACAAAGUUUAAUAGAAACUGACUUUGGACAAGAUAUCCUAGACUCGCAGGGCACUGAAGAUAAAGUGACAAAAGAUGAUAGCUAUUAUAGACCAGAAAAGUUCACCCACCAUGGAGAAGUUCACGAACAGAAAACUGAAGGAAAACGAAAACAAGACCACUGGAUAAAUCUUGAGGCAGGGAAGAAGGAACAAAUGGCUGAAACAAAAUUCAAAAGCCCUUUGGAAUACAAAAGACUUCAAGAAUUUGAGGGAAGUCAAGGAGAACAAGUAGGAAAGAAACUGAAACUUCAGGAAGAACAACUUUAUGAAAUGGAGGAGAAAAACGAUCAAGAUCACCAGGUAAAAGAACAAGAAAAACAGGGAAGGAAUGGAGAAGGGCCUGAAAAAUUGCAGGCACAAAUCCCCAAAAAAUCUCAGGAUCUUGAGGAACAAAAACAAAUGGACCAAGAACAGGCACAAUAUGAACUAGAGGCACAAAGACAGCAGGAAGAGCGGAAACCACGUGAAGUGGACAUGCAAUGGCAGAAGGAGAAAAAGAAGAAGCAACAAGAACUAGAGGCACAAAGGCAGCAGAUAGAAGCAAAAAGACAGGGUGAGCUGGAGGUCCAAAGACAACAGCAGGAAGAACAAAAGAGACAAUGUGAAAUGGAACUACAAAGACAGCAGGAAGAAGCAAAGAGACAACUUGAACUGGAAGUCCAAAGACAGCACGAGAAAGAACAAAAAAGACAAUACGAACUGGAGGUUCAAAGGCAACAUCAGGAAGAAGCAAGGAAACAACAUGAACUGGAGAUUCAAAGACAGCGGGAGACAGAACAAAAGAGACAAUGUGAACUAGAACUACAAAGACAGCGGGAGGAAGAACAAAAGAGACAAUGUGAACUAGAAUUACAAAGACAGCGGAAGGAAGAACAAAAGAGACAACGUGAAUUAGAGAUACAAAGACAGCAGGAGGAAGAACAAAAAAGACAACGUGAACUAGAACUACAAAGACAGCGGGAGGAAGAACAAAAGAGACAACGUGAACUAGAACUACAAAGACAGCGGGAGGAAGAACAAAAGAGACAACGUGAACUAGAACUACAAAGACAGCGGGAGGAAGAGCAAAAGAGACAACAUGAACUAGAACUACAAAGACAGCGGGAGGAAGAACAAAAGAAACAACGUGAACUAGAACUACAAAGACAGCGGGAGGAAGAACAAAAGAGACAACGUGAACUAGAACUACAAAGACAGCGGGAGGAAGAACAAAAGAGACAACGUGAACUAGAACUACAACGUGAACUAGAACUACAAAGACAGCGGGAGGAAGAACAAAAGAGACAACGUGAACUAGAACUACAAAGACAGCGGGAGGAAGAACAAAAGAGACAACGUGAAUUAGAGAUACAAAGACAGAGGGAGGAGGAAGCAAAGAGACAAGGUGAACUGGAGAUCCAAAGACAACGGCAGGAAGAACGGAAGUGGCGUGAACAGGAGACACAAAGGCAACAGGAGGAAAAAAAGAAACAAUAUGAACAAGAAGAACAAAAGCAUAAAGAUUGUACGAUACAGAAAGAGCAGAAAGUCACAGAUCCAAAAGAAGAAAAGAGACAUCAAGAAACAGAACUUAAUGAUAAUUUGAUCCAGCAGGGAUGGAAGGAUAAAAAGGAAGAACCAGAAAAGCAAAAGGCUCAGGAAGAAAAAAUAAGCCAUCUGUAUUUGGAAAAGCAGAAGAUGAAAGAACUUAAAACAGUUCAAACUGAAAAGCUGUUUGAUCUGAACCAACAACUACUUCCGGAGCAAAAAAGAGAAAUAGGACAGAGAAAGAAAGAACAAGAAAACAGCAAAAACUUAGAUGACAGAAACAAACUGCAAGAGAAGGGAACGGCUAUGAAACUGAAGGGACAAGAAGAGCAACAGCAAAAUCAGAAUGAAAAACAAUUUAGUACAAAUGAACAAAAGCAGCAAAAAUCUGCAAAAUCAGAUGGAUCAACAGAACGUAGUAAAAUAGCGCCAGCAGAAAUAGGGCAUUUGGAGGCUGAAAAGGAGGUGCAAGAGGAGGGAUUUAUACAACGGACGGAGGGCCAACAAUUGGAAAGACACAAAAUCCUCUGUUUAGAAGAUCAGCUGUCCCUAGAAAAGCCAAAAGAAGAGAAGAAAUCCCACCCACAAGAUGAACAUUUGGAAACUGUUGAGAAAGAGCUACUAUGUAAAGAAAAACCAGGACAGCAACAGAGAACUCAGCCAGCCAAAGAGCAGAAGGAAGAAGGAAGUCUAAGUGUUCAUCAGGCGUUGAACGUUGAAGUUGAGGAGCAGGGAAGAGUUCUUGGUGAAGAAUUACGUUGGCAGGAAGUUGACGCCCGGCAAACAAUGUCCAGGGGCUUCACCUUUCAAGUUUCUUCUGGAGAAAAAGAAAUUAUAUUUCCCAAAGUGAAUUUAAGUCCAGUUACGCCUGUGAAAGAGGCUCCACUUCCUUCUGCCACAAAAGAAUUUAAGGACCCUAAGUCUAGUAGAGGUUCUAGUAGUCUUCCAACUUCUUCAUGUGUUCCCCAUACCGCAAUCUUGGUCACUGGAGCACAACUCUGUGGCACUGCAGUAAACCUCAACCAGAUAAAAGAUACAGCCUGCAAAUCUUUACUUGGUUUAACAGAAGAGAAGAAAACGAUGGAGGCAGCUCAGCCCGAAAGCAUCCAGAAACCUGUUGAUGGCAGGACGAACAGCACUAAAGCAAAGCAUGUUCAAGAUGCAGUGGACAACCAAGCCAUCCUGGAUGAAUGGGCUUCAAUUCGUUCAAAAAUCUUAAAAGGGGCAGAGAACGAUAAAUUCAACGAGAAAGACAGUGGAAGUCUUAAUAGGCAUAGUGAUGACUGGACAGCUAAAGGUCGAAGUACUUCCCAUGGUAACUUACGAAAGACUUUGUCUGCAAACGCAAAGUUUUCUAUAACUCCCGCCUGGCAGAAGUUCUCAGAAAUAUCCAAAACUGCUGCAGAGAAUCAAACUGUUCCUGAAGCAGAAAAUGCAGCCAUGCAGCCGAGUCCGUCCACUCUGCAUUCAGACAACGAGGCAGUCCAAACAGAGUCCCCGGUUGGUACAAAGAAUGUAGGAACUUCCCCUGGGAAAAUCAGAGGGCGACAGGAAGUAGCAGGUAAUACUGAGGGAUGUAAGUUUGCCAAAGAUCUCCCAUCUUUUCUUGUUCCAAGUCUCCCAUAUUCUCCAAAUAAAGAACUCUCCCCAUCCGAAACUUCGUCAGCGACGGACACGCAACAUAAUGUUGGUUCAAAAAAAUUGGACCGGGCUUCACCAGGUGGAGAAGAAAACGUCUCCCCAUUUGGAGUGAAAUUAAGGAGGACCAAUUACUCCUUGCGCUUUCACUAUGACCAGCAAGCCGAGCAAAAGAAGAAGAAAAGAUACAGUGCAGGAGAUAGCUUUGAUGGUUUGCCAACUCCACUCACCCCAGACAAUGAACAAGAUGCAAAACCUUUAUUUUUGAAAGAUAGCAAAUGUCUGAGUCAAGACAAAAAAGAUGCAAGGCUUAAUUCUGAUAAUGCCACAUUAACUAUUAUUAGUCGCAAUUACACCAUAGUUGCACCUGUAUCUUCUCCUACUGGUCCUACGUCUGCGCCUAGUCAAGAAAAAUCUGCUUCUAAAUCACUCUUGCCACCAAAACCUGCACUAGCUCCAAAGCCCAUCAGCCAAACACCGCCUACAUCUCCUCUCACAAAACCCCGUAGAUCUCACUUCAUCGAACCCGUCGGGAAAAAGGUAUCUAAAGUGGAACCUGACACCAGCUGGAGAAAAAGUGAAGGUAAAGGGACUCCUCACCCCUCCCAAGUGCCCAGUGAAAGCAAGAAUGAGGAGGAAGAAUCUAGAGAGAAGAAAUCGUUUUUUCCAUCCAUCACCAUGCCCUGGAGAGAGAAAGCGGAAAAAAAGCCAGAACCAUUGAAAAAAGAAAGGCCAGUUCUUCAGAGCAGGCAUUCCAUCGACGGUUCAAAAGUGAUAGAGAAAGGGGAAACCACCCAGCCUCUCUGGAUCACUUUGGCGUUGCAAAAACAGAAGGGCUUUCGGGAGCAGCAAGCAACCCGCGAGGAAAGGAGGCAAGCCAGAGAAGCCAAGCAGGCUGAGAAAUUGGCUAAAGAAAAUGCCAGCAUGAACAACCAGGCAGAUAAUAAAAGCAAUAAUGUGAGCAGGUCAAACGUAUCGCAAAAGUCCACUGGCCCAGAAGAGGAGAAAAAAAUGGAGACGGCUACAUCAAGAUUUGAACGUAGAGAACAGCUCAAAAAGUCGAAUACCCUGCCUUCUUCCGUUACAGUGGAGAUCGCCGAUUCCCUUUCAUCGUCGCCUUUGGCUAAAGAAGUCACCAAGAGAUUCUCUACGCCGGAUGCUAAUCCCGUCUCAACCGAGCCUGCUUGGUUGGCCUUAGCCAAGAGAAAAGCGAAAGCUUGGAGCGACUGUCCCCAGAUCAUUAAAUCUGAUUCAAGAUUAUGGAAUUGGUUUAACGAGGGAAACUGAAUUGGGACUGCCAAAUUCCAGCCAGCUGGACAGCAACAAAGAUAAAGAAUCCUCCUAAAUCUUUGCUAUUUUAUAAGACUUGCAGCUGAGCUCUGAAAGCCUUUGAUUUGAAAAGCUAAUCGUAAGGAAAAUGUGAUCUAUUUGCCCCUGAGUAUUGUUGCCCUUUAAAACGAGUAUUCCUAAAUUAUCAAUCAGUUACAUUUUCUAAUUAGACAUGUAAAUAUGCAAAAAUAGUGUUGUAUUGUACUAAACAUCAGAUUGUUCGGUAAAAAAAUGGUUGAAACAAAAUUUGAAUUCAGAAUUUCUAUUUCUCUUAAUUGUAACAUCAGUUUAGAAUGAAAACACUUUUAAAACAGAGAAGCGCAAUCUACCACAAUUACAUUCUCAUUCGAAAAUCCCACCUCAAAACAACAAAAACCAACCCCCACACUAUGCAUCUGGGAUCAGGAAAAACACUAAUUCAAGGAGCAGUGUAAAAAUUGCAAGUUUGGUCCAAGACAACCAAACCAAUGCAGUUACUGAAUAGGCAUCGAAGCGCAGGAGAAAAUGUUUGUUGUGUUGUUGGAGAAGCACAAAGUUGCUAAGAUUGAUAGCUGAGUAACUGUCCUAAAGAAACUUAUUCUUGUAGCCAUUGUCACUUUGGUCUUUUAAGUGAAUUCAGGACCUAAACCUUCUUCAAGACUCAUCUUAAAUGAAAUCGGGAAAGCCUGUUAGAAAUACAACUUAAAGCAGGGGUCUCCAACCUUGGUCCCUUUAAGACUUGUGGACUUCAACUCCCAGAGUCCCUCAGCCAGCAAAGCUGGGAGUUGAAGUCCACAAGUCUUAAAGGGACCAAGGUUGGAGACCCCUGACUUAAAGGAUGAAGGAUCUCCUAGUAACUCACUAUAUAGAACCAAGGUGGAGGUUUGAAGAAUGAAAUAUGACCUUUUUUGCAUAGGUGGUACUCAGCCAGUUUGGACUGGUUCGGGUAGUGGCGACCUGCGGAUGGGCACGCCCACCCGCCAUGGCACAAGGCCGUCCUACAUUGCUGUGUUUUUGACACCGCACGCACGCAGGGACAAUACGUUUGAGCGAAUUGUCAUAUUGUUUGAUGUUGCACACAUGCGCGGAUGGCGCGCGCUCACAUUUCCGGUGCUGGGCGAACUGGUUGCUCCAGUAUGUGAACCCCACCUUUUUUGCCAUUCACAUAAAGCAGGGGUCUUCAACCUUAGCAACUUUAAGACUUGUGGACUUCAACUCCCAGAAUUCCUCAGCCAGCUUUGAAGUUGCCAAGGUUGGAGACCCCUGACAUAAAGUGUGAAGAUUUCAUCCCAUGUAACAGAGUUAAUUCUUAUUCACCCUUACAGCCGCUAAACGAUCUUCAGGGACAGUAAAAUGUCAAGACCUGGAUCUUCCAUUCAGGAACACUUUGAGUUUCUUCUGGAUGUCAGGCUUUUGCUCACCCACAAUUUACUCCUUUCAUUACCGUUGAUAAUGCACUGUUUAAUUAGCCGACCCACCCACCCCCAGGAACAGCUUCUACUGAAUAUGUUACAAACAACAUACAGUUAGUAGAAAUGGGUGCAUAUUUAGUCAAGUUGUGUUGUGACUAAGGUUAACACAAUUCCCUACCCCGACGGUGGCCUAUAAUAUAUUUACAAGCAUUUUAACGUGCAUAUACUUCUGUCAACAUGCUGUUGCAAAAAAUAAAUAAAUUAAAAUAUGUGUACAACUCUUCAAAUUUCCUCCAACUCAAUGAGACUUCUAGAUUGGGAGAACAUAGUUGGAGAAAAAGAGGAUCGGGGAGGGGGGGGAGGAAAUUGGUGAGGUGGACAGGGCAAAGCGAAACAAAACAAGUAAUUUUGGGGGGGGGAAAGUGGGUGUCAUUUGCAUGAGAAGUAAGGGAAACAAAACUCCCAAAAUAAGCCUAGAGAUGGUUAACGCAGAGCUUAAUAGUCUUGUAAAUAGUUCGAAAGCAGUCGUUUCAAGCAUGAGGAUUCACCGUGGAUUAAAACUGUAUUCAGUCCAGGGAAGUAGGACGAGAGUAAAGGGCCAAUUUUACUCUGGUCUUUCAGGAUCAGCCGCCAUCCCAACCUAUUGAUUCUCAACAUUUAUAGCCCUAAUUAUCCUUCAGCGUUAAAAGACUCCUGGAGAGCGAUGGGAGCAUCUCUUCCCUUUGCUCUACUUCACAGGUGAUGCGAGACAACAGGUGAAUUGCAUUCUCUGCCAUGCCGCGCCGCACGUACAGACACAUUGCUGCAGGCCAAAUGGUUGGCUGUCCAUGCAACAGUUUUUUGUAUUAACGGUCUCGAUUUCUGCAUCAGUGAUUGGAUCAAAGCUGGGCUGCGUAAACUAUUUUCUUUGUAAGCAUUUCCAGAAGCCUGUUUUCAACAUUGUCAUUUCAUAUAAGGUCAACUUGAACUUUUGCACUAAAUACCAAUGAAGUGUUACUUUGCUUAAGCUUUGUUGAAGCCUUUCUUAAUAAACAAAUAAACCUGGAAUAACUUCCAACACUUUAAAACUGAUCAAACCACUUUGCACAAUUGUGGUCUCAAUUUUAUUUUACUUUUAUUUUAUUUUUGUAACAUACACUUGGUCCUUACCCAGAGACAGUUAAAUCAUAUCCAAGCCUUGUUGGCAUUAAUGGAACUUAUAUCAGCAGUGACUGAAUAUAUCCUAUACACUAACAGGUAUUGGGGGUGUAACUUUUUCUAGAUAAAGGCAAAAUAUUAUUUGAGGUUAUGAAUGAUUAGCCUCGAUUGUUCAUAAAGUGGUAUAUAAAGUUACAAACAUGUAUAAUUGUGGAUUUCGUUUUGUGUACUUUUUUAAUUUUUCAAAUGUUUUAAAGUGCAAUUGUUUCUUACACUAAUAUCAUUUUAAUUCCAAUUAAACUAUAAUAUGCUGAAAGUUGGUAGAUUGAUUUAUUCAUUAUCUUUUGUUAAAUGUGUCUGGUUACCUUAAAACAAGAGCCUGAAUUAAUAUAUGACUAUAACUGUUUUUAGAAUAUAUUACAACCAGGGCGAAAUUAACAAUGACUAAAGAGUUAUGUUAGUAGAAUUUCUAUUUUCAGUUUUUGAUCAUCACAAUUUUAAUGUAAAUGGUCCAUCACUGAAAGCUUGUUCUAUAUAAAUAAAAAU